AUGCACGUCGGCAGGAGCAGUCUACACAGUCAGGGUCAGGUGCAGUGGCAGCUGCUGGUCCCGCACCAAAGAGGAGAGCACUGGCAGAGUUUGAGGACGCGUGGGAAAAUGUCAGAGUGGAGAACGAGGAUACUGAUGAAAUCCGCUGAGGUCUACCUCAGCCUCAACGCCGCCAUGGAAGCUGAUGGAAGGGAUCUACGCUGA